AUGGGCUCUUCGGAAGUAUUGUUAAACUAUAUAAAAAAAUUGGAUCAUCCUAUGAAAGAAAUACGAGAGAGAUCUCUACAGUUAAUAAUAGCUAAAUUGAAAUUGGGAUGGCGGUUGGACGAUGAACUUCUGUGUACCAGAAAUCUCUUGGAAAAUUUGUUGGCAUGGUUUAAAGUUCAGAAGCCAACUUUGCAAUUUGAGGCACUCAGUUUGCUUUUAAAUACUAUCAAAACUAAGAGUGGAAUGUACAUUAUAAAAGAGUUAGGUGUUAGACAGGUUUUAUCAAAUCUCAAGCAAAUUAAAUCUAAAGUUAUACCUGAAGCAAUAGAGUUGUUUCAUGAUGUAGUCCAGACAUUGCAGUUUUUGAAUACUGCAGAGUCCGAAAAUGAUAUGUUGGUGCCACCACUUUCCUUGGAUGGAAGUAUAAGGUCCGGAAAUCAAAAUUCCUGCAAUAAUGACCAUAGUGACUCCAAUCAACAUAGUGACAGUAAUGACUGUGGUACGACUUCUAAAAUUAACAUGGAAACUGGAGAAGUUCCUAUGUCAAAUUCCCCUGAUGGAAUUACGGUGUUUCUUCUCCCAUGGGUUGACCUUUGCCCGUCAGAUUUAAAGACAAUUGUCCUGGUGGAAGAUGCGUUGAAAGUGGUUAAGUCCACGAGGAGAUGUUGCCGGUUCAUUCGCGAUGUUUUUUUACGUGACUUCGAACCUGAAAUAUUCUUAAACAGAUCGGCAAUAAUCAACACAUUGCUACUGAUAGCAGAUGGUCAGCAAAACGGUCAUGUAGGUGAAGCUUUACGCACUUUGUUGUGCAUAACUCGAGCACUACGUCAAAGACUUGCCCAGUUAUUCUGUAUAGACCUUAUUCACAGAGCUAAUAAGGUGCCCAUGGAAGGGAACGGUUCCUAUGACGAGGUUAACGCCGAGUUGGCUAACAUUGCCGGCGGAUGCCCUAAGACAACGCGCGCAGACGACGCACUGAUAGCGCUGCGCCAAAUGCCCGCUCCAACGUAUGCCCUGGACGUAUCGCACUCUAUACUUUCCAUCAUGUCCAGGAGCGUACUGCUGCUGGAUUCGAAUGACAGUGAGGCACUUAGUACCAAUGAAUUGAACAUAUGCUUGGAUUUGGUGGAAUCACUCAUCCAAUUCUUAUUGGAUUGUGUCGAUGAACGAUUUUGGCUUGCGGAGCAUAGUACUAAAAGUCACAAAGAUAUAGCGCACAAGAGCUGUAUGUUAAUGCGAAUUUUGGGCGAGCUGUUAAUAAAGUACAGGAAAUCCUUUAUGACCAAGGCGGAACGUGGACACCACAGGGCAGCCUGGCUGCGAUUGCUGUCAUGUGCAGGAAAACUUCUGGACUGGGCUCAAAAUUCGCCUCUGCCUCCGUCUUCCUUGAUUGUCGCUGUACAGUCCGCUCAAUUGGAUCCAGCACUAGAGUUACUAUACCCUGAAUUAAGCGCAAAACUCAACGAAUCCCUUUUGCUUUCGAAAUCUCUACCUGAUCAAGAGCAUAAAAAUAAAUAUAAAGCUCUCAAAAACCUGUUCGUCAGCAUGGAUUACGCCGUUCGCUUCAUGAAGAAGAAGGAAGCCGCUAGAAGUACGAAGGAGGUCCUCACGGAAAUUGAGAAUUCGCUUCCGACGCUCGGCUUGCAUCACAGUGAAGCAUACUUUGAGGAUAUCGCGAACAUUCUUCUAUACAAGAGCGGGGACCUGAACUUCGACGAUGGCGAUUGGUCGACGGUGAGGAGUAUUUCGUUGAGAUUGAUGGCUCACAACACGGAAUGGGUCAAAGUGAGAUUCUACCAGAUGUUCGCCGAGAUGGUGAGGUCGGUGUUGCUCUGCGAUGACACGCUCCAAGCGGAGCGCGAGCGCUGUCUCUUCCUGCUCUGCGAUGUUGCCGUUUUGACAGAGAUUUGCUGCCACGGCUUGUCUUCGCAAAUUGACGAGGUAAAGGCGUGUGCUUCGGAUAUUAUGUUACAUCUGCUGCGUGGCAGACUCGUGCUUAGUGAGAGCUGUUGGUGGCGCCUCCUGGCAAGCAUGCUGCCAAUUCUGCCCCUGCUGCACGUGUAUGCGGCGCACGAUACGCAGCUAGGAAUAGCCAUCUGUAAAUCCCUUGAGCCUGACAUCAUCGAGUGCAUGGGCGUGUCGUUCGCCGAGAUGGUUUCGGGUUUAACGCGUCUCUUGUUCGUGAGGUGCGUUGCCGUUCAACUCGAAGCGGCACACGCGCUCUGUCGUCUGCUAGGUGACGACCGAUAUUUGCCUCCAAAGGAAUCGCUUCGUUCGGAUAUUUUGUUGAACGCACUUAGAAGACUGGAGCCGCAGGAUUUCAAUUUAGAUAAAUCUUCAACCGUCGCCAGCCCGCAGACCGCUGGCCUAGUCCAGGUGUUGGAGGUGUUGAAGCAAGACCUGGAAAUCGAGGAGGGGGGGAAAGGGUAUGUGGCGUGCACGCAGAGGCCGGGCCUGGAGCCGUCGCUGCGGCGGAGCACCCUGCAGCAGCUGGCGGUGCUGCUGCGCCAGAGCGAGACGCACGAUACCUUCCUGCAGCACGACGGCUUGAACCUCGUCGUUUCUCUACUCAGAUUAUCUUUGAUGAUAGACGACUAUUUAGCGUUCCCCGAAUGCGCUAUAAGCUGCGUUUCCGUAUUGAACAGCGUCUGCUUCGCGAGUCGACACGAUCUGUCCAAAGUUCCGGAUUUGCCAUUGUUAUUGCUCAGAGUGAUCCUCGUGUUCCCGUCGAACGACGCUUGCGUGUCGAUGUCCGCUCAGCUCUUGUCGCUCGUCGCGUGGUCUGGCUUCGUGCUGCAAGAGAUAAACUCGUCGCGUGAGAAGGUCCCCGCGCUGCCGCUGUGCGUCACUGAGCGGACCUCGCUUCCGUUCCCGACUAACAGUUAUUGGAGCACCAGUGCUAACGCUGAGCAUUGCCCUUUGGAAUGGCUGCAAAGUGAGGAGGAGUGGCGGCGGGCGAUUAGGGUGCGUUGGUGGUGGGCGUGGACAGGUGGGGCACAGAGCCUCCGCGGUGUCCACAGCGUCCACAGCGUCCACGCUAAUAGCGCGCUCGCUCCGCCGCCUGCAGAAAUUGAUCUGGCGCUCAUGCGUGCGGCCUGCCCCGUAUCUUCCAGCACGAAAGCGCUGCUAGCUCUCGAGAAUGCGACCUCGCAUUCACAGGUUAUGGAAGCGCUUUACGCGCUGGAGAGUUACACAAGCCUCGUGUCGCUCUCGUCGAGCUCCUUGUCGGAGUACGGCGGCCUGCCGUGGCAGCACAUUCGCCGCUUCCUCUGCGCCUCGCCCGCCUCCCCCGCCGACACUACCCUUCUAGUUAAUCUGUUGCAAUUUGUCAUAGCUUAUAUGGACAACGUACCGAAUAACCGCACCGCCAUGUGUUGGCUUAAGCCGUACUUCAUCGGCAACGACGUCACCGUGAUAACUUUGCUGAGCCGCGAGCGUCUCUACCCUCAACAAACGCCCCGCGAGGACAUAGAAAUGAUCCAGUUGCGCAUACACAUCGUGAAAAUCAUCUGGCGCUGCGUACGACUGCUGGAAACGCAGGACGACUACGACAUAAGGCGGAUGGAGAGCUUGCUGAAAAUUCUAUUCGCCUGCUUGGAUAAGAUCAAUUUUAAAAAUUUCCAUAUGUUAGGAUAUCUGAAUGAGGUUAUUCGGUGCAUACGUUGCGCUCUGCACUCGCGGUACUGCAAGCUGACCGAAUCGAGUCUGCUGGAGGGUGCUAAGGCGCUGGUCAGGGUGCUAGGGAGCGGCGACGGCGGCCGCAAGGGGCAGGCGUGCCGUUUGGACGCGAUGAUCGCACUCCUGGCUAUACUUCGGCAGAUCCGCGACGAGGGAAUACCAGUACAGCGGUGGAGUGAGUACUGGAGCGGCAAUGGACUGCAGGCUGUGGUCGCUUGCUCGAGGGCGGAGCGCGUCGAAUUGAGGGCCGCCGCUUUGCACGCGAUGGCGACAUUGACGCACUACGCGCAGUUGCGCCCGCAAUUGCUGCAAUCAAUUCCGAAUGAGUCACUAUGCCAGUAUGCGAUGGGCGUAUUCUUGAGGGUUGGCGAGGCGAAUGUGGUUCGCUCAGCUGCCGCUGAUCUCUUGGCCGCCGUGGCAGCUCGCACCUCAUCUCACUCCGAGGCAACGCAGAGC